GCCUGAGCCCUCCCGACUGUGACGGCGGAGCCCCGGGGACGAUGCUCCGUAGCUCCCGUGGCGUCGAGGCUGCGGCGGGGCGAGCCCGCCGGCGCCCGACUGGGAUCACCUGCUGCGUCCUUCUGCUGCUCAAUUGCUCGGGGGUUCCCGUGUCUCUGGCCUCCUCCUUCUUGACAGGGUCUGUUGCAAAAUGCGAGAAAGAAGGAGAGAUACUGCAAAUCCCCUUCAUCACAGACAACCCCUGCAUAAUGUGUGUGUGCCUGAAUAAAGAAGUGACCUGUAAGAGAGAAAAGUGCCCCAUGCUGGCCCGAGACUGUGCCCUGGCUGUGAAGCAAAGGGGUGCCUGCUGUGAGCACUGCAAAGGUUGCACCUAUGGAGGAAAUACCUAUAACAGCUCCUUCAGAUGGCACAGUCCAGAUGAGCCCUGCAUCUUGCGCCAGUGCCAGGAAGGUGUGGUCACUGAGUCAGAGGUGCGCUGUGCUGUCUACUGUAAGAACCCCACGGAGCAUCCGGGAGCCUGCUGUCCCACGUGUCCAGGCUGUGUGUUUGAAGGCGUGCAGUAUGGGGAAGGAGAGGAAUUUCAGCCAGAAGGUAGCAAGUGUAUCCGGUGUUCCUGUGUGGGAGGCAGGACACAGUGCGUGAGAGAAGUCUGCCCCAUUCUCUCUUGUCCCCAGCACCUUAGUCACACACCCCCAGGACAGUGCUGCCCCAAGUGUUUGGGUCAGAGGAAAGUGUUUGACCUUCCUUCUGGGAGCUGCUUAUUUCGAAGUGAUGUUUAUGACAAUGGAUCCUCAUUUGUCUAUGAUAACUGUACCACGUGCACAUGCAGGGACUCUACUGUAGUAUGUAAGAAGAAGUGUGCCCACCCUGGUGGCUGCGCCAGAGGCGAGGAGGCCUGCUGUGAAGAGUGCCUCCUACGUGUGCCCCCAGAAGAUGUAAAAGUGUGCAAGUUUGGCAACAAGAUUUUCCGGGAUGGAGAGAUGUGGUCCUCGGUGAACUGCACCAUCUGCGCUUGUGUGAAAGGCAGGACGGAGUGCCACAAGAAGCAGUGUGUCCCGGUCAGCAGCUGCCCACAGGGUAAAAUUCUCAACCGAAAAGGCUGCUGUCCCAUUUGCACUGAAAAGCCCGGCGUCUGCACAGUGUUCGGCGAUCCCCACUACAACACUUUUGACGGACGCACAUUUAACUUUCAGGGGACAUGUCAGUACGUGUUGACGAAAGACUGCUCCUCCCCUGCCUCGCCCUUCCAGGUGCUGGUGAAGAACGAUGCGCGCCGGACCCGCUCCUUCUCCUGGACCAAGUCAGUGGAGCUGGUGCUGGGCGAGGGUAUUGUCAGCCUCCAGCAGCAUCUCACCGUGCGCUGGAACGGCUCGCGCAUCGCACUCCCCUGCCACACCCCCCACUUCCACAUCGACCUGGAUGGCUACCUCCUCAAAGUGACCACCCAAGCAGGUUUGGAAAUAUCCUGGGAUGGGGACAGUUUUGUGGAGGUCAUGGCUGCCCCACAUCUCAAAGGCAAGCUGUGUGGUCUCUGUGGUAACUACAAUGGACACAAGCGGGAUGACCUGAUUGGUGGAGAUGGGAACUUCAAGUUCGAUGUGGAUGACUUUGCUGAGUCCUGGAGGGUGGAGUCUAACGAGUUCUGUAACAGACCUCAGCGGAAGCCGGUGCCUGAGCUGUGUCAAGGGACAGUGAAGGUGAAGUUCCGAGCCCACCGCGAAUGCCAGAAGCUCAAGUCUUGGGAAUUUCAGACCUGCCACUCUACAGUAGACUAUGCCACUUUCUACAGGUCCUGCCUGACAGACAUGUGUGAAUGUCCUGUCCAUAAGAACUGUUACUGUGAGUCGUUCCUGGCAUAUGCUCGGGCCUGCCAGAGAGAGGGCAUCCGGGUUCACUGGGAGCCCCAGAAGACCUGUGCAGCCACCCAGUGCAAGCAUGGUGCUGUGUAUGACACCUGUGGCCCUGGCUGUGUCAAGACCUGCGACAACUGGAAUGAGAUCGGUCCCUGCAGCAAGCCAUGUGUCGCAGGCUGCCACUGCCCAGCCAACCUGGUGCUUCACAAGGGAAGGUGCAUCAAGCCAGUCCUUUGUCCUCAGCGGUGACCUCUGUCCCAGGCAUGGAGACUUUGCAACCUGGGGUCCUUGACAUGGAAGCAGAAGAGCCAGCGAGGGACUACAUUGUGCGUGCACCCAACACCUCACAUACACACAGAGUAUAUAUGUGUACAUAUAUAGAUAUAUAGAUAUAUUCAAAAGCAUUUCAUCAUUUAUACAAAUGACAGGAGGAUUGUUAUAUGUAUAUUUUUUGCUAUACAACAUGUAUUGUUUCUAGGGUCCCAAGCUGUAGACCAUCAGAUGUACACAUUGUAUAAAUGCAGCAGGUGCUUUUAAUUUAAUCAGGUGGCAUGCAGACACAGUGGAUGGCUUUCGCCUCACAUACAUUUGUCAUCUGGGAGUGAAGUUUUCUAAGAAGUCUGAAUUGCCUGCCUGCCUUCAUUUGAGUCAGGACUUAUAAUUGAGUAGGGCGUGUGUUUCUUUGGAGAAAGACACAUUUAUCAGGAGACAUUUCAUGCUUCUGAAGAAAGGCAUGUUGGCUCAGGAGAGAUGACAGGGCAUGGGUAACAGUCCCUAAUGGUGCCUGCAAAGUAGGGGAGAGGCUAUUAGACUUUAUUGAGUCCUAACCGAUAUUGUUUCCCAUACUGGCUAGUUGCCAAGCAAUACAUAUUGUCACUAGGGUAUAACCAAAGAGUCAAGUGGUUUAUUGCAAGUCUCCUAAUUAUAUACCUGUGUGUGAUGGCUGUGACGGUUGGACGUCAGGCAUUGGGAUGAAGGAAGAGGUGUUUGGAUGACAUGUCAACUGCAUUGGGAAUGAAGGGAUACUUGGGAAAGCUGUUGACCAACAUACGGAGAAAUAGCCAUUUCUCUGAAUCUCAGAACUAUUUAGGGUGGGAAAAUCCAAUGAGUUUCCAAAGGCCAUCUAUAAUUUGUGACUCUCCUCUGUAUUCAAUGGAACAUUGUGUCUGUUUCUGUAGGAUUCCUGUCCUGUGCAAUUUGGGGAAUAUGACUAUGCCAUCAUGAUUAGACAUGAAGAAAGGAUUUACUGACCAUUUGAUUUAAUGUCUUAAAAAAUGAACGGUUUAUACAUUUGCUCUAAUUUACUGUUAAUUACCAGCCCCAUGUGAUUCUCCUGACUUUUUAUUUGUGUUGAACAAGUGAAAAUGUCGGCCAACACAAAGCCCACUGAGGUCUAAAAGUAAAAUGUUCUGCAUUGUAGUAAAUAAAAGGCUCAAGA